CACUAGUUUCUUGUUCUGUUUCCUGUUAGCAGAGACAGAAAUUGCUAGCUGUUUAGCUUCAGCUUGAGAUCCCAAAAUGUAUUUUGGAUUUUGUGUGAGAGUGCUUGUACUCUCACUGUUGACUCUCGGGCAGCAAUCAAAUGCACUCGGUGAGAGAAGAGGAGGCUCCAGUGGCAUUGAGCCUCUCUUUGAAUACACAAGCAACCACAAACUAGUGCUUCCUUCUGAUAUUGAGAGCUCUGCACAGGCUGGAAGGUUUCUAGGUAGUUCUGGAUCCAGUCACAGUGCAGUUGGGCAAGUAGAUAGGUACAGUCCACAGGGAAGUGUUUCUAGUUACGGCUCCAACCCCAAUGCAAAAGGUGUCAUCCAGACCAAAGCUGGCAUGUGGGAUUAUGUCUCACCCGAAAAUGGAGAAAGAUUUGUCUCUGGUAUAGCUUCAAGUGGGGGAAUUGUUAUGAAAGCUGGUCCUCAGCCCCCUUCCGAGCCCCAGCCAUCAGUCUACCAGCCCAAGCCCCAGCCCCAGCAGCCCCACCACCAGUCCCCGUCCAGCUACCAGCCCAAGCCCCAGCAGCCCCACCACCAGUCCCCGUCCGGCUACCGGCCCAAGCCCCAGGAGGCCGGCUACCAGUACCCGUCCGGCUACCAGCCCAAGCCCCAGCAGGCUGGCUACCAGCCCCAGCAGGCUGGCUACCAGUCCCCGGCCGGCUACCAGCCCCAGCAGGCAGGCUACCAGUCCCCAUCCGGCUACCAGGCCAAGCCCCAGCAGCCCCACCACCAGUCCCCGUCCGGCUACCAGCCCAAGCCCCAGCAGCCCCACCACCAGUCCACGUCCGGCUACCAGCCCAAGCCCCAGGAGGCCGGCUACCAGUUCCCGUCCGGCUACCAGCCCAAGCCCCAGCAGCCCCACCACCAGUCCCCGUCCGGCUACCAGCCCAAGCCCCAGCAGGCUGGCUACCAGUCCCCGUCCGCCUACCAGCCCAAGCAGCCCCACCACCAGUCCCCGUCCGGCUACCAGCCCAAGCCCCAGCAGGCUGUCUACCAGUCCCCGUCCGCCUACCAGCCCAAGCAGCCCCACCACCAGUCCCCGUCCGGCUACCAGCCCCAGCAGGCUGGCUACCAGUCCCCGUCCGGCUUCCAGCCCAAGACUCAGCAAGUGGGGAUUCAAAUCCAACCUGGCAUGUCAGAGUUAUUUUCUCCCGCUGGAGGGGUUUCUGGUCGUAAUAUGCCGCCUAUCAACUUAAACGUACAAAUGACUGUUCCUCCAAGAAGAAGACACAUUCCAAUGUCAUCCCAACAACGUCCCAGGUGGCAGCACUCCAUGGUUCCGGUGUGAAAAUGCAACCAUUGACCUAAAGGAUCCCCGCUGUUCCUGACCACGUUCCGAAAGCAGUCCGUCCUGACAUCAACCAUUUUGUGACGUUCAAUAAAAUACUUGGAACUGCA